AUGCCCGGCAAAAGACUUGAUGGAGUAGCCAGGGACAUGGUGGUGAAGCUACUAAAGUAUUUUGAUCGCGAAAAACGUAAUAAUGGGCCCUUAUUACCUGUGGACGCAAUUCAGGAGCGUGUUUCCCACGCAAUGGGCAUUAGUAUGCGGACGGUAUCACGUAUUUUCAGAGAAUCAAAAGAAAACCGAAAGCCCGUAGACCAGGAAGAUCAAGCUGCCUCCAAAACAAAAAAAUAUAAGCCCCGGGAAAAAACAAAAACAGCAGACUUACCAGACGCUGUGAAGAUGGAAGUGAAAAAUGCAAUUUACAACAUGUACUCAGAAAGUACCCCAAAAAACAAGCAGUAUUUAACGGAAGAAAACGUGGAAUUAUUGGAGUAUCCUCCAUAUAGUCCCGAUCUAAGACCUAACGAUUUCUUUACUUUCCCGAAAAUUAAAAACAGACUGCGUGGUCAAAGGUUCCAGCCACCAGAAGAAGCAGUUGACGCAUUCAAAAAUGCCGUUUCGGAUCUGCCAGCAAACGAGUGGAAUACGUGCUUCGAAAAUUGGUUUGAGGCGCAUGAUGUGUAUUAAUCUUUGUGGAGAAUACUUCGAAAAACAAUAAAGUCAUUUAAAACUACCUAC